GCCAUUUAUCACCUCCACUCCGGUGCUUACGUGGCGCGGCAACACCGGCUGAUCGGCGCAGGAACGAAGUAAACGCUGCUGCCUUCUCCAAUCCCCCCGCUGCUGCUCCUCAUCCCUCUCCUCACUCUUGCUUCUCUUCUCCCUCCAAUAAUUCCCUCCUCCCCUCCCGUCCUCUCACAAGCCCCCAGAAAUCACAAGCAGGAAGGGGCGGCGAAAAUCUCCAUGCCCCGGCUCGGCCUGGAUCUCCGGCCCGCGCGGUAGCCGAUCCAGCCCCGAUGGGCGGCGAGGUGCCGGGGCCGCGCCUGCUGAGCCGCGCGCUCAGCUUCGGCGGCGGCGGCGGCGUCCCCGAGGAGGCGCUGCACCUCGUGUUCGGCUACGUGGACGACCCGCGCGACCGGGAGGCCGCCUCGCUCGUGUGCCGCCGCUGGCACCGCAUCGACGCGCUCUCGCGCAAGCACGUCACCGUCGGCUUCUGCUACGCCGUGGAGCCGGCGCGGCUGCUGGCCAGGUUCCCGCGCCUCGAGUCGCUCGCGCUCAAGGGGAAGCCCCGCGCCGCCAUGUACGGGCUCAUACCCGAGGACUGGGGCGCCUACGCCGCGCCCUGGGUCGCCCAGCUCGCCGCGCCGCUCGAGUGCCUCAAGGCCGUCCACCUGCGCCGCAUGACCAUCACCGACCAGGACAUCGCCGUGCUCGUCCGCGCGCGCGGCCACAUGCUCCAGGUGCUCAAGCUCGACAAGUGCUCCGACUUCUCGACGGACGCCCUCCGCCUCAUCGCCCGCUCUUGCAGAUCUCUGAGAACUUUAUUCCUGGAAGAAUGCAUAAUUGACGAUAAGGGCAGUGAAUGGCUCCAUGAACUGGCUGUCAACAACUCUGUUCUUGUGACACUAAACUUCUACAUGACUGAUCUCAAAGUGGAGCCAUCAGAUCUGGAGCUUCUUGCAAAGAACUGUAAAUCACUGCUUUCUUUGAAGAUGAGUGAUUGUGAUCUUUCGGAUCUGAUUGGUUUUCUGCAAACCUCCAAAGCAUUACAAGAAUUUGCUGGAGGAUCAUUUUCUGAAGUAGGAGAGUACACCAAGUAUGAAAAGGUUAAAUUCCCACCCAGACUAUGCUUCUUGGGGAGUCUUACCUUCAUGGGUAAAAAUGAGAUGCCUAUUAUCUUUCCUUUUUCUGCAACACUGAAGAAACUGGACUUGCAGUACACUUUGCUCACCACUGAAGAUCAUUGCCAGAUUAUUGCUAAAUGCCCCAACCUACUGGUUCUUGAGGUGAGGAAUGUGAUUGGGGACAGGGGACUAGAAGUUGUUGCUGAUACGUGCAAGAAGCUACGAAGACUCCGAAUUGAGCGGGGGGAGGAUGAUCCAGGUCAAGAAGAGCAAGGAGGAGUCUCUCAGUUAGGCUUGACGGCGGUAGCUGUUGGUUGCCGUGAACUGGAGUACAUAGCUGCCUAUGUAUCUGAUAUAACCAACGGAGCCCUGGAAUCCAUUGGGACUUUCUGCAAGAAUCUCUAUGACUUCCGGCUUGUUCUACUUGACCAGCAGAAGGAAAUAACAGACCUGCCGCUUGACAAUGGUGUCCGUGCUCUAUUGAGGAACUGCACCAAGCUCCGGAGGUUUGCCUUCUACCUGAGACCGGGAGGGCUUUCUGAUGUAGGCCUUGGCUACAUUGGUCGAUACAGUGGAAACAUCCAGUACAUGCUGCUAGGCAACGUCGGUGAGUCGGACAAUGGUUUGAUCCAGUUUGCAAUGGGAUGCACCAACCUGAGAAAGCUGGAGCUGAGGAGCUGCUGCUUCAGCGAGCGAGCCCUGGCAGUCGCCGUUCUCCAGAUGCCCUCGCUGAGGUACAUAUGGGUGCAGGGGUACAGGGCCUCUCCAACAGGCCAGGACCUCCUGCUCAUGGCCAGGCCCUUCUGGAACAUCGAGUUCGCACCUCCCAGCCCCGAGAACGUGUAUCGGAUGAUGGCAGAUGGACAGCCUUGUGUUGAUAACCAAGCUCAGGUUCUUGCAUAUUACUCCCUAGCCGGAAGGAGGCCAGACUGCCCUCAGUGGCUGGUUAUCUUGCAUCCUGCGUGACUGUAAAUACGUAAUUCGCGAGUAUGGUUAUUGUACCAGCAUCAGUGACCAGUCUAUAUUGUUAGCAGCCUGUGUGCCUUCGUAAUAAACUCUACUAUUAGUGUAGAGGUGUAGUGCAAUAAGUUGCAGUUGUCGCUUGUACGUAGUAAACCAGUAGUAGUGCUAUCUAAUCCUAGGAGGAUGUAUAAAAGUUGCUCUGCGCUUUCUUCCCUGGAAGUGUACUCUGCUCCCCUGUAAAUAUCAGAAAUGGGUUACUUUCUUCUUUUU